AUGUCUGGGGUUAGCGGUACAUAUCGAGGCACACCUACGCCCAACCGUCGUGGUCCACUCCCAUUUGCAGACUCCCCUUCCGCGAUUCCUCGUCCCAAGUUAGAUUCUUCCAGUAACGCCGCGCCCAGCGAGAUGUCGGGCACCUCUACCGUGUCGGCAAGCCGACAGAAGCAGAGCAAGAGAGACGAGGCAAUUCGACGCAAGAUGGAAGCCGAUCUCAGCAAGAAGAAGCAUGCCCCUUCCCGCGCUCGACAUACUCGCAAGGCACCACCGGGAACCGUCCUGGCCCUCAAACCCAGUCAGGCCCUACAGAUCAAGCCCUCCACCACCGUCGCCGAGGCUGCUCAGCUCAUGGCUGCCAAGAGAGAAGACUGCGUUCUAGUUACAGAUGACGACGAUAGAAUCGCGGGUAUAUUCACAGCGAAGGAUCUGGCCUUCCGUGUUGUGGGCGCCGGAAUCAAGGCUAGCCAGGUUACAAUUGAGCAGAUCAUGACCAAGAACCCGCUCUGUGCGAGGACUGACACAAGUGCCACCGAUGCCCUAGACCUGAUGGUCCGAAAAGGAUUCCGACAUUUGCCCGUCAUGGACGAGAAUCAAGACAUUUCGGGCAUUCUCGAUAUCACGAAAUGUUUCUACGAGGCUAUGGAAAAGCUGGAACGUGCAUACAGCUCAUCGCGCAAGCUGUACGAUGCACUCGAAGGUGUACAAUCUGAACUUGGCUCCAGUCAACCCCAACAGAUUAUCCAAUACGUCGAGGCUUUGAGACUAAAGAUGUCGGGACCUACCUUGGAAUCUGUGCUCAACGGGCUCCCUCCCACCACCGUCUCGGUUAGGACGUCUGUAAAAGAGGCGGCGCAGCUCAUGAAGGAAAAUCACACAACCGCCGUGCUGGUGCAAGAUCAGGGGUCUAUCACCGGCAUUUUCACUAGUAAAGAUGUUGUACUCCGUGUCAUUGCCCCUGGGCUUGAUCCCUCAAACUGCAGUGUGGUAAGGGUGAUGACCCCUCACCCAGAUUUCGCGCCCACGGAUAUGAGCAUUCAGGCUGCUCUGCGCAAGAUGCAUGAUGGUCAUUACCUCAAUCUCCCGGUCAUGAAUGGCGAGGGCGAAAUCGUCGGCAUGGUCGACGUCCUCAAAUUAACCUAUGCCACUCUUGAACAAAUCAACACUAUGAAUUCUGGGGAAGCAGAGGGACCAGCAUGGAACAAGUUCUGGCUAUCAAUGGACAAUGAUACUGAAUCAAUCAUGUCCGGCGAGGGAAGCCAUCGCCCAACCACACCUGGCCAUCGCUCGAUGAUGGACUCGGAGGCUGGCCGACCUGCUUUCGAAAGAGGUGAUAGCGUCAUGCCACACGACUCCGCGUCGCACCGAGGAGAUGAUGUCCACUCUGAGGUACUUCCAUCUGUCGAGUCGCCGGAAGAAACACCUUUUCCGUUCAAGUUUAAAGCCCCCAGCGGACGAGUUCAUCGAAUACAAGUUCUCGCUAGUACCGGGCUUACCGAACUGGUCAACCAAGUAACCGCAAAAUUGGGCGGUGAAGUGGACUCUGUGGGCGGCGAAGCCACUGUCGAGGAAGGUAAAUUGGGGAAAGCAGGUUAUGCAUUGAGCUACCUGGACAAUGAGGGCGACACCGUCUCCAUCACUACGGAUCAAGACCUGCUAGAUGCAAUUCUGCUGGCGAGGCAGGGAAAGAGAGAUAAAGUUGACUUGUUCGUCCAUGACCCCACACAGCCGCCAAUUGCUACGACUAUCGAUCCAAGACCUCAGCUUUCGAAACCACCAACGCCUCCUGAGUCCAUCCUCAAGGAGGUGGCAAUAGACGCCGCGGAAGAGGGCGACGAAGACGAGGAAGAUGUUGUUCCCAUUGCAAAAACGAUCCGGUCGAGACGAGCGCCACCAGCGAUGCAACAAAGGAAGGAAGAACAACCGCAGGUCAUUGCCGGUGUGCCGAAUGAUCUGCUUCUUCCUGGAGCCAUUGUCACGCUUGCGGUUGUUAUUGUUGGUGUUUUUGCUGUCGCCCGCGCGACGGCAAAGUAA